AGUUGUUACAGUUACAUUGAUUUUAUUUGUUCUAUUAAGUGUACUUUAUUCAGUGUAUCUUACAGUCCGCCCAAUAUCUGGCAGCAGAGUAGGAUGAGCGCAUUUUACAGGACAGACGGAUGAGCCACAGCUUUACGCAACAACUGGGAAGUUUUUUUAUAGGUCGUACAAACUCGGUAAAAGAGUUGGCAAAAAAUAUAUUUUAAUAAAUCUAUCCCGUUAACCGCUUAUCGGCAGUUAAGACGCAGUAUAAGGAGAUAUGAGCGGUCGAAUGGCUUUGGCGCUUCUGUUAAUUUUGCUGUGGUGCUGCGGGAGCGCAUCGGGUGAACGGGGACCAAAGGUGUCUAGGAGAGCGCCGAGGACUCGGUCCUGUCUGGAUUUACCGGAGGAGAUUUUGGAGCAGAUGUUCGGGAGGCUCUCGGUCGGGGUGCUUAGUGCGUUUCAUCACACCCUACAGAUCGCACCCCCGGAGCGCCAGAAUAUGACCUGUCCAUCAACAGGUCGCCUAGCGCGUGACAGAUCACGUACUCCCGUAAACAUCCUCAGCCUUUCGCCGUGGGCGUACAGAGUCUCCCACGAUCCAGCGAGGUACCCUCGAUUUCUUCCGGAGGCGUAUUGUUUGUGCAAGGGAUGCCUAAUGGGGCCGAACGGGGAGGAAAACGACCGGUUCCGAAGCACUCCCGUUUAUAGCCCCACCGUCAUACUGCGCCGUACCGGUUCGUGUGUCGGGGGCCGUCAUUCCUACACCGAGAGCUACGUGUCUGUCGCAGUGGGUUGUACUUGUGUGCCAUUGCUGGAAAAAGACAAACACAGAGAGCAGAAAGCAAAGCAAGAAAAGAGUCACGCCUAAUAACGCAGUUUCCACCACCUUUAGAAAAAAACUGAAAAGCUGAUGAACUUUUUUUUUCUUUACCACUUUCUUCAAGCUAUUGUAAGAAAAUAAAGUGGUUAUGGCAAAACUAAGAGAGAACUUGUCCUCAAAGUUCCUGAUUGUAGUCUACAGUGCCAGGCAAAAGGAGAACUUUUGGUGCCAAAAUACGAUGAUUUGAAAGCCAAAGAGCUGGCAUCUAGUAUCUUGGUGUUGAAUAAUACCAUUGAGCUGUGUGCAAGCAUAAAGAGCCAGAAAUACUACUUUUAAAAAAACAAGCAUAAAUGCCAUUCAUAACCAUUCAAUGUAAUGUCAUUUGCAAGAGGAAAUAUUAUAGGAGUUUGUGGUAGUCCUUCUCUGUAUACCUUCCAGAAAAUGAAGGGGAAAAAACA